CUGGCGCCUUGCAAGGUGCGCUGGCCUUCCGAGCCUCCCAUCAAUUCGGCACAAGAAGCCUCUCCUCUAAGCAUGUGACAAUGGCUCGCCUGCGUCAGACUCCGAAACUUGGACGCGCGAAUGGGUAGCUCCUGGAUGCGCCGCUUGUUCUGCCGAUUGACUCGUCACAGGUUUGCCGCUCUGAGAAUGCAAGAGUCCAGAACAGAAACAAGCUUCCGGGCAACGAGUCCUCAAGGCGGAAAGGUUGCAAUGCUCCUGUUGUUUGCCUCUCAGCACUCCCUGACUGCAGCUGCAGGACACGCCGGACAUGCCAGGGGUUGCAGGGCUGGACGGAAUAUCGACCGCUCGCCUGGUGAUUUUGGGUGUCGCCGCGCUGUACGGAACAAACUUCGGCUCCGUGAAGAUCCUCGAGUCCAGUCUUGAUCCAUCAGCAGCAGCGUUUGUUCGCUUCGGGAUAGCAUCCCUCGCCAUGCUUCCUUUAUUGAAGAACCUCAGGGUUGAGACGAUCAAGCCGGGGCUGGAGAUUGGGAUGUUUGCAUUCUUGGGGUACUUUGCGCAGGGUAUUGGACUGCAGACCUGCCAUGCUUCUACCAUGGCGUUCUUGUGCUCGCUGGCUGUUGUUGUCUGCCCUCUCCUCGAUGUGCUGGAAGGCUCCAGGUUGGGGGCGAAAGCCUGGACUUCAGUGGGACUUGCCAUAGCAGGCACUGCAGUUCUGGAGCUGGCAGGCGCGGACAUGCCUGGGACGGGAGAUCUCUGGGCCCUGAUCCAGCCUCUUGCGUUCGGAGCAGGUUUCUGGCGGUGUGAGCGGGUCAUGCGAGAGCUGCCGGACCAGGCGGCGCCGUUGACGGCGAUGCAGAUCUUGACGGUGGGGAUGAUGUCGAUGAUGUGGAUGGUGUCAGACACGGUGAUGCAUCCAGGAAGCGCAGGCCAUGUGAUGCAGGAAAUCCUCCAUUCCUUCCAUGACGGGCACCUGCUCCUCGCGCUCCUGUGGACGGGGAUCGCAACCACGGCCAUUACCGUUGGGCUAGAAACGUGGGCACUGGGCAAGCUAACCAGCGCGGAGACGACGGUGCUGUUCGCGACGGAGCCUCUCUGGGGGACAGCGUUUGCUCAUGCUGUGCUGGGAGAGCAGGUGGGAUCGAACGCAUACCUUGGGGGCACGCUGAUCCUGGCCGCAUGCCUGUUCCGAGUGGUGGACGGGAACAAGUUGCAGCAGGCUGUGGAGAGCGUGAAGGAGGAGGCAGGACGGGUGGUAUCGAGAUCUUGGCAGAGCAGUAGGUGGGCCUCCAUUCUGAGUGCGAAUGCAGCAUAUGCUCUGACAUGGCUGGACGACUCUUGGAACGUCUUGCUGAAACAGUUCCUAGAUGAAGUCUGAACCUUGCCCCUUGCCGCUGCUCCUCCUUGUCUGCAUCCCAUGGGUCGAGUAACAAGGACUUGCUGUCGUGUAUUGAGCUCGGGUGUUGUUUGUUGAAUCCUCUCUGUCUUGUUCGCUCUCCUUCUUAAUCGGUUUAUUGGUUCUAAUAUUUGUUUUGGUUGUAAUGAAAGCUUCAGACAUUUU